GGCUCUUCUAGUUUUUUUUUCUGCUAAUAACAAGUGAUUUUGUUGUUGCAGCCCAGCCCGCAGAUUGCAAAUUCCUGCUAUGAAAACAGGAAAAACGGAGCUAUUCCACGCCCCUAGAUCGACAUAACACCAUCCCCGGCACCACACAAAUCAAGACAAGCAAUGGCCAAGUUGAAGAAGCUACACAUCAGCUCCAAUCUCGAGGAGCUGGAGAAGCUGUCCAUCAUUCCAGAUUUGCGCAGCAAGGGCAUGAAAAUCCUGCUUAACACCGCCCAGAAACUGUACAUGACUGCCGAGGAGUACCGACUGGAUGGCGAUGAGGAGCUGGCCUACAUCACCUACAUGAAGUACUUCAACAUGUUGACCGCGAUUCGUAAAAAGUCAGAUUACGCCAGUCACAAAACGACGGUGCGUCAGAUGUUGGGCGACACCGAGUCGAAUCGCCGCAUAAUGGACACGCUGGAGAUGAUUAUUAACUCUCUACGUCAGCGUUAUGCUCAGCAACGCCAACCGCUGGAACAAAUUGGCUCGGAACUGGUCAGCAAUGGUCGAGCAAUCGCGGAGUCGCCGACAACACAGCCUACGGACUUUGCCCGACUAGGCUUAAUCUCUUGUCAGGAGUUGUAUAGGCGCAUGCAGGAGAAAUCCGUUCUGGUGAUGGAUUGUCGCCCAAGCGCCGACUACGAGGCAUCCCACCUCACCUAUUACUGUGCUUUUAAUGUGCCCGAAGAGCUGAUCACUUUAGGCAUGUCGGCUGGAAGAUUGCAGGCCCGCCUUAGCAGCAGCGGAAAGGCCUCGUGGGCUUCUCGUUCUGUCAAGGAUUCGGUGGUUCUUAUCGAUUGGAACACUAAGGAUGCCCAACCUCCGGCGAAUACAGCCAUUGCCACGCUGCUGGACAUUCUAAAAAAUUGGGAUCCGGAUGUGACGUACCGUGCGCCUAUCCAGAUCGUGGAAGGUGGAUAUGAAUACUUCAUCAUGAUGUAUCCCACCCACUGCACCAAUCCCAGUGUGCAGGCGCCGCAGCAAAACAACAACGAUAUCGAGACCAUCGAUGACAUCGAGUAUCCCUCAAUCCACGACAUUACUAUGAAGGAGGACAUCAGUGCAAAAGACUUCAGGCCACGACCGGACAUCAAUCGAGCCAAUAAGCCGACAGCUACUCGCAGCUACGACCAGGGAUUGUCGCGAUCCUCUGCGCAGACCAAGCCAAUUGCUGAGAUCUUGCGUGAUCAGGCGGAUUUCCUGCAGCGAGCCGAGCAGAAUGAUGCGCAGCUGGAACAGGCUUCUAAGAUGUGGAAGAGGCAGGCGGCCGAGGGCGAUGGGUUGAAUGUUAACGAAGGCCAGGAGUUGCACUUCAGGAUUCUGCAACUGGAGAGCAAGGCCCGGGAUUAUAUUGUUGAAAACAAUCGCUUGCGUGAAGAACUAAGUCGCAUACAGGAACAGCAGCAUGUUACCCAGCAAUUGUCGCCAAAGGAUGUUGAGGCCACGAGAAACAUCGAAUCCAAGAUCCGUGAGCGUCAGCGACUGGACGAACAGCACGAGCAGGAGCGCCAGGAGCGGGAGCGUCUUCUGGCGAUCGCCCGCGAAUCUAAGAAGCAUUACAAGUCACCCCAAUCCCCGAGCCCUCCAUCGUCUGGCAAAAACUUAGAAGAUUUGGGGGACCUUUCCGAUAGCACGGAAUCUCUGCUCAAUCUAAUGACCGAGGAUCCGCCGCUCGUCCAAGCUAAGGUGGAGAGACCUACAUUUGACAGGGCAAUGAAACCGCAGCCGAGGACGGUGGAGAGGACAUCUCAACGGGUCCGAGAUUUCUCGCCCGUCGUGGGUCACAAUGUGGGUCGCGGCUUAACGGGUCUGAAGAAUCUAGGCAACACCUGCUACAUGAACAGCAUUCUGCAGUGCCUGAGUAAUACGCCUCAGUUGACAGAGUACUGCAUCUCAAACAAGUACAAGAACAACAUCAGCAGAAACAACAAGACGAAUGGCCAGGUGAUCGAAGAGGUGGCUGCACUAAUCAAAGAGCUUUGGAAUGGACAGUACAAGUGCGUGGCCAGCCGGGAUUUAAGGUAUGUUGUGGGUCAAUAUCAGAAAAUCUUCCGAGGCGUUGACCAGCAGGACUCGCACGAGUUUCUCACCAUCCUGAUGGACUGGCUGCAUUCAGAUCUCCAGACCCUUCAUGUGGCCCGUCAGCGAGAGAUGAUCAGUGCCUCGGAGAAGGCUUGGCUGGAGUUCACCAAGGCCAAGGAGAGCAUGAUUCUGCAUUUAUUCUACGGCCAGAUGAAGAGUACCGUAAAGUGUGUGGCCUGCAACAAGGAGUCGGCCACGUAUGAGAGCUUCUCGAAUCUCAGCCUGGAGCUGCCGCCAAACUCGAAUGUGUGCCAGCUUAACCAGUGCAUGGAUAUGUACUUCAGUGGAGAGCGCAUACACGGCUGGAAUUGUCCGAGUUGUAAAGCUAAGAGGGAUGCCAUUAAAAAGCUGGAUAUAUCCAAGUUGCCUCCUGUAUUAGUGGUGCAUCUAAAGAGGUUCUAUGCAGACCCCAGCAAUUCGGGCUCUUACAUGAAGAAGCAAAACUAUCUGCGCUUCCCCUUAGAAAACCUGGACAUGAAUCCCUAUAUUGCCCGGUCGGAAUCGCGGACGGUCACGCCCAAGACCUACCAACUAUAUGCCGUAUCCAAUCACUACGGCACCAUGGAGGGCGGUCACUAUACGGCCUUUUGCAAGAGCGCCAAUUACGGGAAGUGGUUCAAGUUCGACGAUCAAAUUGUCUCGGCUUUGGACUCCUCAAGCGUGGUCUCCAGUGCGGCCUACAUUCUCUUCUACACGUGGCUGCCGCCGUUGCAGGUGCCGCUGUAGGCACGUUUGUUCGGGUUCCUUUCGGUUUUCCACAUUUCGUUUUAUUGUGUUUUUGUUUAUCACUCAUUUUUAUAGUUUCUAAGGUCUAGUCGCCACACUCUUUUAUCAUUUACCAAUUACCGCUUAACUGUUGCUAUUUAAGAGGAUAAUCGCAUGUUUGUUGUUGUCUAGGCGCUUACGCCGGAUGAAUAGUAUUACGCAUGGGGGCGUAGUUUCUAGGGUACGGUCUGCAUUCACUAAAACCGAGAACUUCAAGUGCAUUACCAGUAUAACAAAGAUGAAAUCACAUAUACGCGCGUGUAUGUGGGACUAUAGUUUAUUGUAUUUUGCAAUUAUAUUUUUAAACCAAAUAAACGAAAUGAAAUUUCUGAAACAUCAA